GUGUCGGCCUUCCAGCAAAAGCUCCGAAAUUUUCGAGAGCUUCGCGUCGUUGCCCUCCGAUUGUCGAAGGCCGAGAUUAGGUACUCGACUCCGGCGCUAUCCCGAACCAGCAACGCGUGGCCAAUUUCCUCGCUAUACCUCUUUCCCUCGAUCGACCGACUUCUCGGGGUUUCGCAGUGACUAGCUCUCCAGAAUGUCCAAGGCACGGUCCGCCGUUGGCGGUGUUGAUCAAGUUGUCAAGAUUAUCGUUGGCGCCGGCCAAGCCAGCCCGAGUCCUCCAGUCGGACCGGCGCUGGGUAGCAAGGGCAUUAAAUCAAUGGACUUUUGCAAGGAAUUCAAUGCCCGGACUCAGCACAUUAUUCCCGGCACUCCGAUGCCCGUCCGCGUGACGGUCAGGCCAGACAGGACGUUCCAUUUUGAGAUUCGCACACCACAGACAUCAUGGCUUCUGCUGAACGCGGCCGAGGUACCACCGGGCAAGAAAGGAAAGAGGAAAGGGGCCAGCAAUCCGGGCAAAGAAAUCGUGGGGACCGUCAGUCUCAAGCACGUUUAUGAAAUCGCGAAGAUUAAGCAGUCCGAGCUCCGCCUUUCAGGCUUGUCGCUCGAAGGACUCUGCCGGUCCAUCAUCUACCAGGCAAAGUCCAUGGGGAUUGCGGUUGUCCCAUGAAGGACCGUUGGCGUACAAUACGGUACUCGGAUCCAGGAGCAUAGGGCGUUAUGGUUGUUUUCGGAGCGGGCUGGGCCGGGCACAUUCCCUGGCUAUAUGAGCAUGGAGAGGGCAACAUUUCUCUUACGUCUGUACACUAAUCUGUACCAUAAGCAUCCAACGAUGACGUACCCAUCUUGAACGCUGUGUCGAUGUCGACGCGUUUCACGGUGUCUAGUAGUUUAUUCGUGAUCAUAAUCCUCCCG